GGCCAUUGAUGUCCAGUCGCCAACCAGUCAGUGACGUCGUGAACGUGAGCUAGUUGAGCUACUGUUCACGUUUUAUGACCUUUCUAGCUGAUAUUAAACUGCCUUGAGGUUUCACGUUUCCCCUCGCCUUUUUAUACUCCGUGUGUAGCUCCAAUGGCGGCCCUCAAAGCUUUGUGCAGAGCAGAGGGAGCACUCUUCAAAAACCUCGCAGGUCUUCGAAGAACCAAAUCAAACUUCGCUGGCCACCAGUUCAGCAAGGCUUGUGGUUGUUACUUUUCCACCUCCAGCCUCAAAAGUUCAAAGUUCUACUCAGAUCCUGCAGAAGCAGUGAAAGACAUCCCCAACGGAGCCACUGUUCUGGUUGGAGGUUUUGGGUUAUGUGGCAUUCCAGAAAAUCUAAUCAACAGUUUACUGAAGACUGGAGUCAAAGGCCUUACUGCAGUCAGUAACAAUGCAGGAGUGGAUAACUUCGGCCUGGGCCUGUUGCUCCAGACGAAGCAAAUCAAGAGGAUGAUUUCUUCAUAUGUUGGAGAAAAUGCAGAGUUUGAGAGGCAGUAUUUGUCAGGGGAGUUGGAGGUGGAACUAACACCACAGGGCACUCUUGCAGAGAGGAUCAGGGCAGGAGGUGCUGGGAUUCCAGCCUUCUUCACACCCACUGGUUAUGGCACUCUCAUCCAAGAGGGAGGCUCACCUAUUAAGUACAACAAAGAUGGCAGCAUUGCCAUUGCGAGUGAGGAGAGAGAGGUGCGGGAGUUCAAUGGCAGACACUACAUCAUGGAAAAAGCCAUCACUGGAGAUUUUGCCCUGAUCAAAGCUUGGAAAGCUGACAAAGCAGGAAACAUUAUUUUUAGGAAGACAGCCAGAAACUUCAACCAACCCAUGUGCAAGGCAGCCAAAACCACUGUUGUUGAGGUGGAGGAGGUGGUGGACGUUGGGACAUUUGCUGCAGAGGACAUCCACAUACCCAGUAUCUAUGUCCACAGGAUUGUUCAAGGAGCCAGCUACGAAAAAAGGAUUGAGAAACGCACAAUAAGAAAAGGACAAGAAGAGAAGCCCAAACCAAAGAAGGAUUCAGACAUUGUUCGGGAAAGGAUCAUUCGCAGGGCUGCGUUAGAGUUUGAAGAUGGGAUGUAUGCUAACCUCGGUAUUGGUAUCCCCAUGCUGGCCAGCAACUUCAUAAAGCCAGACAUAACUGUACAUCUCCAAAGUGAAAAUGGACUUUUGGGACUGGGGCCGUACCCCACAGAGGCAGAAGUGGAUGCAGAUCUUAUUAAUGCUGGGAAGGAGACGGUAACAGUACUCCCUGGAGCUGCCUAUUUCUCCAGUGAUGACUCAUUUGCCAUGAUCCGAGGGGGUCACAUCAAUCUGACAAUGCUGGGAGCCAUGCAGGUGUCAAAAUAUGGAGAUCUAGCCAACUGGAUGAUCCCUGGCAAAAUGGUGAAGGGAAUGGGAGGAGCCAUGGAUUUGGUUGCCAGUGCUGGAACUAAAGUUGUGGUAACCAUGGAGCACUCUGCUAAGGGAGGAAAACACAAAAUAUUGGAGAAGUGCAGCCUGCCCUUGACAGGGAAACAGUGUGUGGAUCGAAUCAUCACAGAAAAGGCUGUGUUUGACGUGGAUCAAACUAAAGGUCUGACACUGAUCGAAGUCGUUGAGGGUCUUACUCCUGAGGAUAUCAAGGCAUGCACAGGCACAGAUUUUGAGGUGUCUCCCAACUUGAAGCCCAUGCAGCAAAUUUAGAGAUGGUUCCAGUGGCUGCCUUUGACGGUGUGCUUUGGUUUGUGUCGUUUCAUAUUUGAGCAAAACAAAUCGAACAGCAUAUGUCGGGUCAAAUGAGCUCAAAUGAUUUCAGUUCUUUGGUAAUCAGCAGGCAAAUGUCAGAAGGAUUUACUCGGCAGUGUCGGCAGCUGAAUACGAAUCAGUUGAAGCCAACAUGAAUUGUCGUUUUCGUAGAGUUAUCUGGCAAUUAUACCAGUAAGUUAUUCAUUUCCUCUCACAUGUGUGAAGCUGUUACAAAAUCGUCCAUUUUUAGAUUACAACCUAGAAUUACUCUGUAUAAGCUCUGGAAAAUGGGAAAUGUAUGUUUAUUUUUUUAACAUAAGAGAUAAAAUCAAAAGGAAUCAGUUACUGUGAAAUGUUAAGGAUGCAGUUCAAAUGUACUUCAUUUAAUGAACAAGGAUUUUGUUCAAGUGAUUGUAACUCAGUGAAGUAGUUUGUAGAAGAGGGAGUUUAAACUUGCUUUGGAUCAAUAAACAAAAGCCUUUUUACACUAUGCAUUUGUUGUAUUAUAUCCUUCUUGUUCCCAUUUUGGAAAGAAGGAGGGAUGUAUUCAUAUAGGUUUGACGUAAGCCUGUGGAAGAAUCACAUCUUCAAUAAUGUCAGCCUGUUUCAGUAUCUCAUUCUUCAAGCAAUAAGCCUUAAAGUUUCUUGUGACAUUUGUUAUUUUGUUUGUACAUAAAUGACAAUAAACCUGGUGUGCAGAUCAAA